UACAUAAGUGUAAUUCCUACAUAUUAAAUGCAUUUAUAAAAUAUAAGAGGGGAUAUAUUACGACAUGAUCUCAUAUAUUAAAUAUAUGAUGCGACAUAUCGUUGGUCUGUCACUGGUUAGUCGUCACGUCGCAUUAGCUAAUGUACGUUCGUAUUUGCCGCGUCUUUUGUUAACAAACAAUUAACAAUAAACGAUAAUAAUUAAGACAUAGAAUAUAAUUUUGUAUUAACUCAGGAUAAGAACACUUGAAUUUGCAGCGUCAAUUAAUGCAAUUAUAUAAAUAAAAUGCUUUAAUUUUAAUAAAAUAAUUAAAAAUUAUUAUUCAAUUAAAGUGCAGACAGAUUUCCUUUUAAAGAGCGCAGUGACUCAGAAUAAUUUAUUUUAAAUAAUUAAAAUUAUUUAGAUAUGAGUAUGAAAAUUAAUUUUAUGGAAUAUGCAUUAUCAUUUUUGGUUGAUGUAAUUUAAAUGCACGUGUGAUAUAAAAAUAUGAGAGUGGGCGUCCAGUCUAAGGAACAAAAUCUGUCAGUAACUUUUUUAUUUCCGUCGUCUUAAAGGCUUGUUACAUAUAUAUGUAUUUAUAAAUUAUGUACAUAUAUAUAUAUAUGUAUAUAUAAGUAGAUUUCUGACGGUAUGACUGCGCCUGUUCGCUAUUAUUAGUUACCAGUCAUCAGACUUUACUCUCUCUUUUGUGUGUUGAAGUGAGAAUAUAACUUUUAGAUUAACGAAACUUUUAAUACUUAAUUUUUUAAAUUUGUAAAUUAAUAUUUUUUAUUGCUUAAUAUAUUAUUAAUUUUUUUUUAAAGCGGUUUUGAGAACUUACAAUUAGUAUAGAUAGAGAUAAAUUUGAAUAUAAAUGUUUAAUUAUGUUUUCAAUUUUAAAUUGUAUUAGUUUCGGUGGUUUAUUUCUCAGAUGCGGGAUUUAUUAGAUAAAAAAAAUAGUGCUAUUGCGGCAGUUAAGUCUAAGCCGUCUAUUGAAAUUUAUCGGCCACCAGGAGGAAGAAACGAUAUCACAACGGCCAAUCAACAAUUAAACGUACACGCUAAAGAGUUCACAAUGAAGCACAACGACGGGCAUCAUCAUAAUAUAAAUAAUAAUAAACCGAUGACAAACGAUAACAGAUCUUAUUAUCUGCAGCACAGUAAAUCAAGCGGGAAUAUACAACGUUACUUGUAUGCCCAACAGCAGCAACAGCAACCGCAUCAGCAUCAGCAUCAACAUCAGCAUCUACAUCAGCAUCAGCAUCAACAUCAACAAUUGUCUUAUCAUCCUAGUCACAAUAUCGUUAAUUAUCACGGCGCAUCGCGGCACUCCCACGCACUUAAUACAUCAGCCUCAAGCGGUAAUAUCUUACAUGCAAAUGUCAGUCGGGUUCACUUCAAUGUCGAGCCAAAAACAAUUAAUUCGACAGUUAAACCGGGAAAAUUGACUAAAUCAUUGUCCUUUGUCUCUUCCUACGGACUAAAACGGUCAAAGAGUUUUAAUAGCGACGUACUUGCUAGUAAAGCUAAUAAUAUAUCCGACGUUGCGGCUCUAGGUAAAUUUCCUGCGGCAAUACAAGACGUACUUAUUAAAGCAAUCGAAGAUCCUAAUGUCCUUAAUUCCCGUUCCUUGAUGGAAUUAGUCAGACAUGUCCUCGGAAGAGUAGUCGAGCUACGGAAAUACGCGGAACCCGCAGCUAAAAUUUGUAUUAAAAUAAUUGAGAAAGAAAUAAAAGAAACAUUUCUUGAAUCUCUGCUAAAUACCUGCCAGCAAUUGUAUCAAGAUCACACGCGGUCUUUGAACGAUCCUUCAGUCUGUCAUCGGUUUUCAGCUUUCAUGACAUUCCUCAAUGAAAUGUAUUGUCAGUUGAAACGACGGCAAUUGCAAUUAAAAACACAACACGAAGGUGUUCCGCCAGGUAGAGUUUUGUUGACUCUUUUGUGGAAAUGUUGUCAGGAUUGUCUGCAGGGUUCUUUUAUUAAUUCUUUACCUGAAAUGGAAUGUUUGUUUUAUAUUUUAACCUGCAUCGGGAAAGAUUUAGACGUCGAGUUACCGGUACAGUUGGAACAAUUAUUAGCAAAUGUACGGGAUAGUUUUCUCAUUGACAAUUCAACGCAACCAGCAAUUCGUAAGAUCCUAUUGCAAAUAAUAGAGCUACAUGCUGCGCACUGGCAACUUCCUGCCUCCGCCCUCGUUUAUUAUUACCCCGGCUCCUCGAAAUCAUAACCGAUCAUUUUUACACCCUUGACAUAAAUAUAUUUAUUUUUUACUCUCACUUAAAUUUUAAAUAUUUAUUUAUUUCGAUAAAAUUUGUUAUUUAUAAAUUAAACAAUAAAAUAAAUUAAUUGAUUAAUUUUUUUAGCAUUUACUAAACGUAAACGAACACGCGAUUCUUUAAUAAAUCUUAAAUAAUUUUAAAUAAAUAAUUAAUUCGAGGUCAUACCAACAGACGGACUCGAUCCGGUAACCUUGCAGUAGAUCCUAUUAAUUGUUUUCCUGUAAUAUUUUUAUUGUAUUUUAUGGAGAUUAAUGAGAUGAAAAUAAAUAUU